UUUGGGGACCCAGACGUUCUCCUCGUGAGGGCCUCGUGGUGGUGGAUCUCCCCCCUCUUCCUCUUCCUGGGAGGAGUGGGGGGAGGACGCGCUCGGCACCGACAGAGGUGAGUAUCGAUUGCUCUCUGCCUGGCCCUGAGGUGCGAUCGGCGCCUUGGCGAGCGGAUCGGAUUUUUAAGCGUUCCGCACCCAGCGGGGCUUGAGCCUGUGGGUCACGCGACAUCUGCGUGCAGGCCAGGUAUUACAUCGCCCCGCACGUUGGAAACUGCUGCUUGCGGGCGCACGGAAUUCGGACAUUGUAGGGAGCAGGAGAACCGUAUGCUUGAGGAGGGACUCGAUCCUCCUAAUGCUCGUCCUCGUCCUCGUCCUUCUCCCUGAGACGGGUGGGGCGCUGGGAAUUCGUUUGAAUUCGGGCAACCGAAGAGCAUCUAAUGUUGUAUGCUGCAGCAGCCCUUCCGGCCAGGGCUCGUGCACGUAUCUCCGCGGACUCGUCCCGUCCCCCGCUUGCGCUGGCCAGCCCGGCAGGGCGGCCCUGGGGAGGAGGUUGGGGGAGGAGGACGGGCGAGGGCGCGAAGUGAAGGUGGCCAGGGCGAGUCCCGCCCAGGUGAGGCCCGACCGCGGCCGUGAACACACCGACGGCUGUGCCUCUGGAGAGAGGCGCCCCCGCGCCGGGCCCCCAGGGCGCCCCGCUGCACAGGCCCAGCAGGCCUUGGCCACAAGUGCCAGCCGCCGCGGCGUCUGCGACUGCGACUGUGGGCUGGGCUGCGCGGGCCACGGGAGCAAAUUCAG